GUCUGCACGCGCCGAUUACAUGUGCAGAAGUUUAAGACGAUCCGAUCCCCACCGUGAUGAUGAUCAAAACGUAUCAGUGACCAGAGAAAAAAAAAGAAAAAGAGAACAUUUGCCAUCGUAGUCGCGGCAUAUUUCCGUAGGAGAGAAAGAGAGAGAGAGAGACGAAAGCAAAGGUGAAUGGCGAUAACGAGAGAAAAGGAACCGGCGACCAGCAGAUUUGCGCGUCCUCACCGCAACUGCUGAUGCAGUUGAGAACUAGCCUACGUAACGCAUUGAAGUAAAGUGUGAGUUUUUCUUUCGUCUUCGAGGCAGCCUACACUUCUCGAAAAGAAGGUUUCAAAAUGUCAAACAUCGACAAGUGGAUCGAGAUCGCGAAGGACUGCAAAUAUUUGCCUGAAAAUGAUCUGAAGAAACUUUGCGAUAUGGUGUGUGAUAUUCUUUUAGAGGAGUCGAACAUUCAGCCCGUCUCGACUCCGGUUACUGUCUGCGGGGAUAUCCACGGCCAGUUCUAUGAUUUAGAAGAGCUUUUUCGCAAUGGAGGACCUGUGCCUGAAACAAAUUACAUAUUUAUGGGAGACUUUGUUGAUCGAGGUUAUUAUAGCUUAGAAACACUUACCCGCUUGUUAACUUUAAAAGCAAAAUGGUCCGACAGAAUAACACUACUUCGUGGAAACCAUGAAUCAAGACAAAUCACUCAUGUAUAUGGUUUUUAUGAUGAAUGCUUAAAUAAAUAUGGAAAUGCAAAUGCAUGGAAAUAUUGCUGCAGGGUAUUUGAUCUGCUCACAAUUGCUGCCUUAAUUGAUGAACAAGUCCUUUGUGUACAUGGUGGUUUAUCACCAACUAUCAAGACUCUUGAUCAAAUUAGAACAAUUGAUAGAAAACAAGAAAUUCCUCAUAAAGGAGCAUUCUGUGAUUUAGUAUGGUCAGAUCCAGAAGAUGUCAAAACGUGGACAGUUAGUCCUAGAGGAGCUGGUUGGUUAUUUGGAGCAAAUAUAACGCACCUAUUUAUGGAAAUAAACAACCUUGAACUUAUUUGUAGGGCUCAUCAACUAGUAAAUGAAGGCUAUCGAUAUAUGUUCGACGACAAGUUAGUUACAGUAUGGUCGGCUCCGAAUUACUGUUACCGUUGUGGAAAUGUCGCAAGUAUCCUACGAUUCAACACAGUAGAUGAAAAGAUCGCGGUGCUAUUUGAAGCGGUGCCAAAUUGCGAACGGGUGAUCCCUCCUACAUACACCACUCCUUACUUUUUGUGAUUUACCUUUGUGCUCCGAAGAGGCGAUGGAAAAAGACGAUAGGUCUACGGAUAGUUAUUCCUUUGUCCCUCAAUUUUUUUAAUUUAUUUGUUUUCCUUAUCGAGUCUGAGUCUCGUUUUCUCUUUUCUUUUUUUAAUUGGUUGAAAGGAGUCUAAAGAUUGAGAGUAUUAUCCACUCGAACACAUCGAUCGUUUUGUAGGUUUUUGAGAGAACUUUACGAAGUUUUUAUAAAUAAAAAAAAGAAGAUUAUGGCGUAAACUAAAGAGAACUAAAGGCUGUAAGCUAACGCGUUCAGUCUUUGUAUUUCUUCAGUGGAAAGGAUAAAAGAAAACAAAAAACUGGUCUAGAUGCUUUUUGUUAUUCUAUGUACAUUCUGUGGAGCAUUCACACACAUAUACAUACAAACCUCGAGGAAACAGCGGCACUCGCUCUUAUCCUUCCACGAGCUUUCAGAGCUUAUGUUACAAUUAUAUUAUUAGUGAGACAGGAGAAAAGAUCAACGACUAAUGAUGUUCUAGUCGAGGAGAUAACUAAGUGUAUUUAAACAUUCCAAUGAGGCUCUGGGUUACAAGAAUGCUUCUUUGCUAUGAGAUUUGGAAAAAAAAUUAAAAAAUGGUGUGGAAUUCAGGUUUAGCACUAAAUGAGCAUACAAAUAGUAUCAAUAAAGUCUUCCUGAAACCUGAAGAAACGUUAAAAGGUCCACUUCUUUUCUUGUCCUAUAUGUAAACGGGCAUCUAAUUAUGAAAAAUGAUCAUGAAUUAGUCAAAAAAGCUAUUAUUUUUAAAUACUUGUAUACAAUAUUGAAGUAUAAAUUUUUAAAUGAAAAUCAACGUUUAUUUUACGAAAUAGCAAUAAUAACAAUUAUAAUUGGAAAAGUAGGUUGCAGGGUUAAGUUGAAUUUGGUUGGAAUUUAAUAAAUAGCUCUGAUACUCAUUUUGUGCGAGUUUCUGCAUUCUUUCGUUACAGAAAGCUGUGCAAGUAGUAUUCUCUGAUCAAGAGAGUCUUGCUCUGUGUGUUCGAUAGCUGAUAGCAGUAGCCAAAGUUCUCAGUAGUUAAAUAUAUAUGCGUAUUUUACAUAAUUUUACCAGGUAUUUUUACGCAAAAAAAUAUAUAAUCAAUUGUUAACUUUACUGUGUUGCUCACACUGUGGUAUGUUUCCUUGUUUUGUUAUUAAAUUUUGAUAAAAACGAAAGAGAUGGCGCUGAAUAAGUCAUUCAGGAGUAGUUUUAUCAAUGGAAAUAUAUAUAUAUUUACAUUUUUUGCUGAUGCAAUUUUUCUAUUUCAAACGUUAAUUUUCAAGUUAUCGCAAUAAUUCAAAAUAAAAACAACAGUAUGUAUUAAGUAUAAUGUAAAGGUGAUCAUGAUUUUAAGAGAAUUUAGUGCUUUAGAAUUAAGGUUUAAAGUUGAAAAAUUGCUUCUUCAACAACUUUAAAAAAUAUCGUGUGCAAGAUUAUACACGUAACUAAACACGGACGUAAGCUAUCGAAAUAUGUUUUUUGUUUUUAAUGCGGAUAUAUAUUAUAAUUCAAGCGAUUUACUUAAAAAAAACUAAAACACACAAUGUAUUCUGUUUACACCAUUCAAUAUAAAAUCAAUGUUCCAACAGUACAAAGUAAAUAUUUUUAAAUAACGUAUUCAAACUAAUGAUGAGGUGUUCAAUAUUAAUGUAUUAAAGGUGUAUUUAAUAAUAUGUAGCACAAUAUCAUUGACUAUUGUUAAAAAACAUUAAAUAUCUCAUGAUAUUACCACUUUCUUUUUUGUUUGAAAAUGUAAAAUUAAUUAAUAUAAUUUAGAUAUUGCUUAUAGGUUAUUUAUAUUAUAUUGAUCAUACAGUUGAAUGCUGCGUGUGUAAACAUGUGUGUGUAUGCGUGUGCGUGCGUGCGUGCGUGCAUUGCUUAUAGUUUAAAUUAAAAUAGAUCAGUAUUGGACAUAGUUAACUUCAGUCAGAAAUAGUUAAUUUCUGAAUACCAAAAAAAAAUAUACUAGGUAUUUCGUUAGCUUAAUUAAUUAAAAUUCAAACAUCAAGCGACUUGAUAAAAAAUAAAAUCGAAAAGAAUCAAUUACAAGAAAAUUCGCUUCAUUAAGUGCAGCAUUUUCUUAUAUGAUAUAAAUUGUCUAUGAAAUUAUUUUUCGGUAACUUAUUCCCGUGAUUCCACGACGAUUCUUUGUUCCUAGCUGUAUAAUUAACAAAAAAAAAUUAAUAACAUGACGCGUAGAGCGAAAUCAAUAGCAGUCUAAUAGAAACAAUAUUAAUGAUGAAACUCUUGUCGUAGACGAAAAAAAAAACUUAUUAAAAAGGAAUACUCUUUGUAGAUAGUGGAAUUCUCGCUCUCGUACGUGGGAGCAAAAAGCGUGUUUUUUUGAAGACGAGAACCGAGACCCUUAGCAAUGUGCCUCUAAAUUAGUAAGCGUUCGUGUGUAUACAUAUAUUAUAUAUUGAAUAUAGCGAAAAAAAUGAAAAGAAAAGUUAAACGGUGAAGUAAACGCACGUUACUUGUACGCUCCAAAAAAUCAUGUAUUAAAAAAGAAGUUUGUUAUACAUCGCGGGGCGUAUAUGGCGUAUGCGUACACCAUAUAUAUUAUCAACCUGAAUUCCGUCACCGGUACAUAAUAUAAAUCCUUGAUAUAAUACACAUUAUUUAACAAGUUUUUUCAAACGCGAAUGAAAAUAAACCAAGUUCGAAAGGUUGUAAUUUUAUCGGUGGGUCUCUUGUUGAUUAGGCAUCAAACGCAAAAUCAGCACGUAAUUUUCGCGUUUCGGUUUUUUUAAACAUAUCAAUUCUGUUGCAUAAGGACUCUUCACUAAUGUACUUGUAAAUUGAAGGGAUGACGUAUCUUUGAUCAUUUUAUCAGUUAUUUAUUAUUCCGGAAUAAAUAAUGUUGCAAAGAAUUGUCAUCGGCAACAGGAAAACAAACAAUGAGGUAUUACAUCCCUUUGAUCAUAUCACAAAUAUUAUGCAUUGAUAUGUUAUGAAUAAAAUACAUGUUUUAUUUUUUAAUCAUUUUUACAAUACACAAUGUAUCGAGUUGAGCACUUUGUGAUUAAAUUUUUAUUUCAAAUUCGUUAGUCUUAAAAGUAUUAGUGAAAUAAUUUUGUUUUGUAAAACAUUUAUCUAGAAGAAUCGAAACAAUUAUUGUUUGAUAUAAUCAAAAAACUAUGUCCAUAUUAUGUCCAUAUCAUUAAAAUAUUUAUCUUUUUGUGCAUAAAUUGUAAGUGGUCUUUGCUUUUUCUUUUUACGCUUGAAAUGAUUAUAUUUUUUCAAAGUUUUACGAUACUUAAUUGUAUUUGAUCGUGAAAAUAUAAUGAUUAAGGUAACUAUUUAUUAAAUUUGCGAAGAGACAGUGAUGUUACCGUUGGAAUUCAAAAAGCAAAACGAUUAUUAUUACGAACGAUUGUUUGAUUAAACACUUUGAUAUCUAACGUGUAAAUAUGUUUUAUACAAAUUAUUAGUUAUUUUGCUGCUUAUUAACCAGAAGGUAUAACGAAUGAAAACAAAAUACGUAAUAUUAAAGAGAAUUUUUAAUUUCCGAUAACCACUUGACGAUUGACUUAUUUUUAUCAACUUUUUUAUUACUUUGAAAAUGUGAUCCAUAAAAUGUGCUUCAAGUUAGUAUUUGCUUGUAAAUUUAUUUUAAAUUAAUAUCAAAUGAAUAUGCCGUUUAAUAGUAGACAUUAAGUUAUGUCGCACGACUGAUAAUAUUUUAUACUUAUCGAGCGAGGCUGUCAUAAAUUAAAUUACAUACGCCAUUAAAUUAUAAAUCAAUUAAAUGAAAAAAAAUGUUAAAAUUUGACAUUUUCUACUUGUCUAUAUGUAAGAAAUUAUCUUCUCGCCAGUCUUGCCAAUGUCAUCUUAAAAUCUUUCCUGUAUUUUGUAUGAUGUAAACCCCCUUGAGCAGUGCCUUCGAAAAAUUCAAAGACGACAGUCUACUAGAAAAUAGUAAUUUUUAUCACGAAAAAAGUGAAUUUACCAAUUGUGACUUCUCGUGCUGGAAAGUAAGGAAAGUUGAACAUAAUGUAAAUUGUUUAUUGAAAUUAGGUACGAUUAUUUUUUUUUAUUUGAAAACUUGAGUUCCGAUCAUAUCUUAACAUAACGAUAUAUUGAUCUUGUCUUGAAAUAUAUAUUUUCCUGAGAAAUAUUCAAUAACCAUUCAAAACAAAAAUAUUUUUUUUGCUUUAUUAGAGUGCUUUAAUAAGUUCAAUUCUCUAUUUUAUUUUUUGUCAUAUCUGGUACUACAUAUUCAUAGUAGAAAAAAAAUGAUUAUGAACAAAUAAAAAUGUGCCUUCAUGUAUUUAUUUUUAAAUUAACAGUUUAUAAAUAUUAACUAUUGAUUUUCUCAACACUUGUAUAUUUAAAAAUUGGAUUUCAAACUGAAUUAUGGUUUUAUUGUAGUUCUUAAAAUAAAGUCAACUCAUAAAGUCUUGCUUACUACUCAAAGUGAUAUGCACUAUCUAUAUUGCCUUAUCUACCUCCUCCUCACGGUUUUCAUUUUUUACCACUGUUCUGUCAUUUCAUCGAACUCGCACGCUUAUAUUUCAAAUGUUAUUCAUUUAUUGAUUAAUUUUAUUAAUUAAGGCAAACUCUGACAGCUCGGAAGGGAAUUAUACGUAUAAAAUAUUAUCAGUUCGUAUUCCAGGUGAGAAAUAAGACGAUUGUUUUUCAAAUAGUUUAUCAAUUGUAAUUUAGAAAAUAUUGCAAACGCACAUUUACAUUUAAAUCAGUCUUAUUUCUUACGUUGUACUUACCUCAAUAACAUUUUCACGAAGAAUCAUAAGAUUUGCAUUCGCUUUUAGUAUAACUGGCGUAUACGCAAGCUUUUCCAAUAUAUGCGACAACGUGUAAAUUAUACUGAAAUAGUUUUUCAAAUCACGUCUAUCUUGUAGGAUUUUCACAUUCUAAUAAAAAUGUCUAUCCAACUAUAUGUUUAAUCAAAAUUGUUCAAGUUUUCCGAAGACGAGCGCUUAAACAAAUUACAAUUUGAUGUAUUAUUUCCGCCAAUGUAUCAUUAAGCUAUAUAUAAUAACUAUGUUAUUGCUAUUUUUUUAUGGUAAAAUAAAUGUGUGAUUAGGAAAAAAUGUUCGCAGGUGAGAAAUUUAUACAGACGAAGCAGGAAGACUCGAAUAAUUUCUAUUUGUAAGUUUACGUGCGUUUUCUUUGCCAAUAUUCUUGUUUACGUCAAGCAAAUGCAAAAGCUUGAAAAUUACAUAAUAAUUCUUUAAAAGAUCUCACACUUAGAACUCAUUGUAAAUGAUCAUCAUGUACCUUGAAAGUAUAAGACUUUGUUAUGUUAA